AUGACCUCCAAUCAAAAUCGUGAUUUAUCAACUGAAUUCGGUGAAUGGGAGACUGCUGAAGUUUCGGUUGAUGCUCAGAAAUACAAUAUUGAAAAUCUCUUAUGUGGUUCCCGUUAUCAAGUUUAUGCUACCGGAUUUAACAACAUUGGCGCUGGUGAAGCCUCCGAUAUCUUAAAUACCCGUACCAAGGGCUACAAACCUAAACUGCCAGAGAAAUCACGUUUCAUUGAAGUCUCCUCCAACUCGGUAUCAUUGCAUUUCAAGGCCUGGAAAGAUGGCGGUUGCCCCAUGUCUCACUUUGUGGUAGAAAACAAGAAACGCGAUCAAAUUGAAUGGAAUCAAAUUUCGAAUAAUGUUAAGCCCGAUAAUAAUUAUGUUGUUUUGGAUUUGGAACCUGCCACCUGGUAUAAUUUACGCAUUACUGCCCACAACUCUGCUGGAUUUACUGUUGCUGAAUAUGAUUUUGCCACUUUGACAGUUACUGGCGUUAUGUUUGUUAAAGUUUAA